GGCUUGAUAGCACUUGUAUGAUUCAACUUCUGUUGACCAGAGCCAAAGGAAAGAUGCAUACCAAAGAGCUUGUGUUCGGUCUCAUCUUACUAAUGCAAGCAUGUGGACCUCUUUUGGUAGAGACAAAGGCUCCAAGACAACCCAACCCUCCAGGAUUACUGGAGUGGCUGACGCAGAAAGCCAGGGAAGUCAACGCUAAUAUCCAGGGUUAUGGGCGUCCACUGCUGGGCUUUCUUUACGCUUACUACGAAGACCACAUCCAACCAGUGACUGACAGCUUCUUUCAAUGGGCCUCUAGCGUCAAGAGCUCCGUGUGGGAGAAGAUCCAGACAACCAUUGAGCAAGCAGUUAAUCCAAUGGAUACCCCGGGAAAACUAACUAAUAUCUGGCAAUAAAUGAAUAUUCUUACCACAUUA